GACCUUACUAUAUAACCGUGUAGUGGACAUAGACAAAUUAAUUAGUUCUGUCAUUGACGUAAACUUCCGAAAAUACUUUUGUCACUAACGUAAACUAACGAAAAUACUUCUGUCACUGAGGUAAACAAAACAACUGCGCUAUCUGUAAAUUAUUUGGCAUACUACGCCUUGAUGGUCGUGUCACAGGUAAACAUCCAAAAACUUCUGUGAGCGUCUUUUAAAAAUAAGCUAAUAAAGCUCCAUCUUUGGACUUUUCUACGAACGGUAGAUACUAAGCUGAGAAUACUCCUAAAAAUUUAAGUUAAUACAUCUUUUAUUUCCUGUGAGCCUAUUUAAAUGAAUAAAGCCUGUAUGUUGCCCCAAGCUACGCUCAUGAAAAUUCGUCCAGAAGUUUUUGAGAUUAGUGUGUUCAAACAGACAAACAGACAAACACACAAAGUUUUUUUAAACAUAGUGUUAUUGUGUUCUGUUACACUCCCUAUAUUACCCAAUCAGUUAGCCAAAUAUUUUCAAUGUACAAACACGACGGUUCUACAGUUUUAUUAUAGUAUAGAUAAGUAUGUGUGGUUUGAUUAUGGUCAAAAUAAUUUUUUGCAAUUGUAAAUUUAAAUUUCUAAACGUGAUAAAAUUUUAAACUUGGUAUUAGCCUGAGUAAUAACUGGUAUUGGUAUUUAACUUUUAAAAAACACACGAAUCCGACGUAAUUUUCUGGGAAAAAUGAAAAUCCGUCUACCAUUUCCCGCCCGAAAACAAAGAGAAAAAUUUCCUCGCAAAAAACGUCGGAACAGCAGCGGCCUUCAUAAUCCUACGAUUCACAGAACCCGAGUUGUCCACCGAGUAAUGUGCGUGAAUUGUUUUCCCCCCGGUGUUGUAAAUAUUGAAGUUUUAUCUGCUUAGGUCUGUUACAUAAAUAAUACUCUCGCAAAUAUUUAUUUUUCCCCUAGGAGGAUAUAGGUACUGGCAGGUCUAGGCUAUCUUAACUAAAAUCAAAGGCGGGUUGUGUUAUAAAUGGUGGAUUCUAGCAAAAUGGUGAUUGUUUUUAUUGCGGCCUCGAGAUUGCACGAACGAGCGCAAACUUCGGAUAUGUUCGGGAUUUAUCGGGGGUCAAUGAAUCUUAAACUUUCACCUCGGCGUUGGGGUUACUGGCUGGGAAAGACUAAAGGCUAGGUCAAACAGGAGGCGGACUGUCAGCGCGGGCGGAACGACCGCAGUCCGCCGCGGACUAGGGAAGCCAGACAGAAUGCGGACAAGUUUAGGCGAACCAGUGUGAAAACAGUUGCUGUCAAGAGUGUGCAAUGUGUGAUAUUGAAUUCACUCUCUGUAAUUCGUGUUUUCUUGUUGUCAUUUCAAGAUGUCCAGCAGUUCCUCUGACGAAGAAGAGUUACUUCUUAUGUUCGCUUUGAGUAAAGCAAAAAGAAAAAGAAAAUGGGUGCAUGAAAUAAAUGAAAAAAGAGAGGUAUUCGGCGAGUUUCACCUAUUAUGCUGUGAGUUGAGUUCAUUCGAAGACCGAUUUUUCACAUAUUUUCGAAUGUCUCAAGAACAAUUUGACAAAUUACAUACUCUCCUUGAACAUAAAAUAUCAAAAGUGGCCACUAACUGGAGUAAACCCAUUGGGACGAAGGAAAGACUAGCUAUCUGUUUAAGGUAUUUGGCUACAGGUGAUUCCCAUAACACUAUUGCCUUUUCCUUCCGUGUUGGACGCACUACUGUUUCCAGCAUAGUUAAAGAAGUGUGCAUCGAGAUAUGGAACGUUCUACAACCGCUGUACUUGGCUACUCCAACAGAGGAAGUUUGGAGGAAAUCUGAAGUUGGCUUUAGAGAACGAUGGAACUUUCCCAACUGCAUCGGGAGCAUAGAUGGGAAACACGUGGAAAUCAAAUGCCCUAACAAGAGUGGAUCAAGUUAUUAUUGUUAUAAAAACUUUUUUUCGAUUGUUCUCUUGUCCAUAGUUGAUCCUUACUACAAUUUUAUUGUCGUUGACAUAGGUAGUUAUGGUCGGCACAGUGAUAGUGCCAUUUUCGAGAACUCUUUCUAUCGCGAUUUUGUUGAUAACAAAACAAUUCUUCCUCCAAAACCAUUACCCGGGACAGAAACCCCCGUCCCUCAUGUGUUUGUAGGUGAUGAAGGGUUCAAGUUACAAACUUAUUUGAUGCGUCCUUUCCCAAGAAAGGCGGUCGUUGAUAAUAUAGAAAAAAGAAGGUACAAUAAACGACAUUGCAGAGCACGACGUAUCGUUGAAAAUGCCUUCGGCAUUUUAACUCAAAAGUGGCGUAUAUUUUUUAGACCUAUCGAAUGUAAUGUUGAUACAGCUGUACACGUUGUCAAAGCUGCUUGUUGCCUUCACAAUUUUAUUAGAGCUAACACAGAAAAUGUCACAACUGAUGAGCUAGAAUUAACAGACGAUAUAACAAAUCAACCCACCAAUGCUUUCUCAGCCAAUACUCCAUUGAAAGAACGAUCUAGUGAUGCUGCCCAUGCUGUACGAAACCAUUUCGUUAAAUACUUCAACUAUUUAAGUUCGUGA